CUGGCCUUGCUGUACCUCUGAUGUCCUUUCUGCAAGAUCAGAGCGCCUCUGCAUGUGCAUUCCUAAUCAGUUAGAGAGCGAGAGACGGGAGACAUGAGCGGAGUGUGUGUGUGUUUGUGUGCCAGUGAGCUAGAGAGGCAGAGCUAGUGAGGCAGGAGGGGGUGAGGAGGGGUGAUCACAGCACCCCAUACAGCAGCCCUGCAGUGCGAUCUGGGAAGAAGGGGGCUUCGAAAUCGGCUGCGGAGAGAGACAACGAGGGGGGUGGCGUUAAAAAAAGCAGCUCGGGGGAUUUGCUGGGAGAUGUGGCUAGAGAGAGAGAGAGAGAGACAGAGAGCGAAGUGAGGUGUAGAGGGGGGCAUGAUCUUUGAGUCUGCUUCCUGUCGUGGGGGAGGACGUGUAGCAGCAGCAGCGGCGGCGGCGGUCGAAGAUCGAGGCAGGUCUGUGUGGCAGGCGCCGGGACGCCAUGCCCUGUGAGCACUGAAGAGUGGCGAGCGUAUGCGACCCCCCCCCUCCACUUGCCUCCUCUCUCUGUACACACAUCCAAGGUGGGGGGGUAUGCAGCAAAGCUCUGCCCUGACAGCCAGGAGAGGAGCCAGGUGGGCUGCGGCACUCUUCCCAUCGUCAUUUUCCGUGACUGGCCUCAGGUGGACGCUCCCGGGGGCCGGGAGCAUCUUCUCUGCCGGCUCCAGAGCGUGAAUGCUGGGCGAGGACUUCCACCCUCCUCCACGCUGGUCUGGAGCGUCCUCUUUGAACCUUUGUUGGGAUUUCACUAUGAAUUGAGGAGUUUGCACAACGUGAAGCAUCCUUUACUCGUGCUGCAGGAUUUACAAUAUGUCUACCUAAACCGCUGUGGUUCCGGAGUGAAAAUGAUUUAAGUGUAUUUUCUUCGGGUGCCUCAAGUGUACUUUAGAAUGCUGCUACCUUCAUUGUAUGAGCCGUGCCCUAGCUCUCAAAGAGGUUGACCAAUGAAGCCAUGGGACUCAGCCAGAGCUUUACAAUGUUGUGAUGUCUUUGGAGCCGCUAGCCUCUUGUGUUCGCACCUGCUCAUCUGCUCACUAAGGGGAUGUUUAGUGAGCCCCGUUUGUCGGAAAAUGCCAGCUUCAGAUGGGCUUCCUUUCCCCGCUCUACCUCCACCCUCGCCUGACAUCUCCACUCAGUCACGCUAGCACAAAGUAGUCCACCCCCUUGCAGGGCGCUUCCUUCCCUCCCUCCUGUGUUAGCCUGUACCAGCUCGGACCCUGCCUCCCCCUAGACCCGCCUGGUGCUGCUGCACUCGGCUCUGCCUCUGCUGGCCGAGGAUGAUGUGGCAGUGCCACGUGUCGUCCUCCGAGUGCCGCUGCUACAGGCUCAACGGCUUUUCGCUGCUCAAGCGCUUCCCUCUCUCGGCAGAUGGGGCCUGCGGCAAAGCCCUGGACCAGCCGGUGGGCGAGUGGCUGGAGCACGUGGGGCUGCCGCAGUACGAGGGCAAGUUCCUGCUCAACGGCUUUGACGACCUGCGCUUCAUGGGAAGUAACGUGAUGGAGGACCAGGAUCUCAGAGACAUUGGGAUCACGGACCCAGGACACAGGAAGAAAAUCCUCCAUGCAGCACGCAACUUGCCAAAGGUCAAAGCUCUGGGCUGUGAUGGCAGCACGUCUUUGGCUUCGUGGCUGGAUGUCCUGGGUCUACAAGAAUACCUGCCCAACUUCCUGUCCAGCGGUUACCGCACUCUGGAGUGCGUCAAGAACCUAUGGGAGUUGGAGAUCAUCAAUGUCAUCAGGGUGGGUCCCCUGGGCCACAGGAAGAGGAUCAUCGCCUCUCUGGCCGAGAGACCCUACGAGGAGGCUCCCUCCAAGUCCCGUCGCCUGUCUCCCAUCAUGUUCCAUGACCUCCUGUCCCAGAGCACGUGCCCCCUGGGCCAGAUGGACCCCUACACCAGUCGCUCCAUGGACAUGCUCCUGCCCCUGGAGGCCGACCGGAGGCGGAGAGGAGCAGAUCAAGACUGUAGCGUUUCUCUGCGUUCCUACUGUGAGAGACCGCGCUCUGUCGACCGUCACAGUGAACGACACAAAGAAUCUCGUCUCAACUUGCGGCCGCCCAGCCACUCUGCUACCUAUGCCACCGUGUCCGCCUGGCACCACCAGCCUGAGAAACUCAUCCUGGACGCCUGCGGAUAUGAGGCAACAUACUUAGGUUCAAUGAUAAUCAGGGAUCUACGAGGGAUAGAGUCCACACAAGAUGCCUGCGCCAAAAUUAGGAAAUCAAAGGACUCAAGAAAAGGUCCAGUUGUUAUCCUAUCCAUCACCUACAGGGGGGUCAAGUUCAUCGACGCAGCCACAAAGACCAUAGUUGCAGAGCACGAGAUCCGCAACAUCUCCUGUGCUGCCCAGGACCCGGAUGACCUCUGCACGUUUGCCUACAUCACCAAGGACUUGAAGAGCGGCCACCAUUUCUGUCACGUCUUCAGCACGGUGGAGGUGACACAGACCUACGAGAUCAUCCUUACACUGGGCCAGGCCUUCGAGGUGGCCUACCAGAUGACGGUCCAGUCUAGGCCGAGACAGUAUGUCCCGCAUUCGUCUCUGGGCUCAGAGGUCCUAGAGACGAAAAUGAGCCGCCCUGUGUCGCAGUCGUGGAGCAGCAUGAGGAGAUCCGCAGUCCUGCUGCUCCCCAGGGUGCCCCCGUGCUCGAAUGCCGCUGCUGUCACUGUCACACGUGUACCACCCACCGUCCUUCCUUCCUCCCGUUGCACUCUGUUAGCCCUGGAGUCCAGAUCGACCCCCUGGAGAUGGAUGCAGACAUGCACUCCCUGGGCAGCACCUCCUGGCUCUUGGACCAGCGGGACAUCAACAGGCGGCCAGUCAGCACCAAGUACGAGACCACCAUAUUCUGAGGCCCCCUCCCACCCCGUCCCUGCGGCUGCCCCCCUCCCUCCCUUUGUAUUGUACUCCGCGCACACAAACACAAACACAGUUUGAGCCUCGUGCCUUCUCACUGUGACGGCAUAGCCACCCUCAGGGUUGCCUCCCCAUGCACUCCUCCUCCUUUUGCCCCGCCCGGUGACCCACACCGACCUCCAACCUGCCAUGACAAGGACCCCCUUGACUCCGCCUUCUUGUCAUUCGGAGCCUUGGAAGUGGAAGAUCCACAGAACUGAGCUAUCUGUCAACUAAACUGCCUCUUCUUCCCGACCUUCCCCUUCCUCCUCCUCCUCCUCAUGACGACAUGCAUCUGCCUCAACUCCUUGACAGCACCCAGAGGUUGCUUAUUUAUUCUUAUGUCUUGUUUUACACAAUUUUUUUCCCUUUUUUAAAUUUUACAUUUGGUUGUUUUGGCUUUUUCUUCUUCCAUGUGUAGCCUAUCCUGUCUUACCAGGCAUCUACCACUGUGAGGCGCUGUGAGGAGGCCGCUUGGCUUACGGGAUGCCAAACAGACAAAUCAAUGAUAAACAAGUUUGGUUUUUUCUUCUAUGCAUUUGUACAUUGCUCACAAAUACACCUUGUUGCACUUUGAGAAGUUCAUGUUAGUUAUAUCCAAAUUAUUCUCCCUUCCUGGACACCACCCAAUGACUGCACGCUGCGUUUUUUUGGAAGGCACUGCUGUGUCAAAAUAACUUCACCUGGGACAUUGUGAACCCAUGACCAGAUUUGGGGGGAGGGGGGGGUCUUUGCUCUGGCCUUGUAUGUGCCCUGUGCCUCUCAGCAUCACGGUAGCACCGAGAGACUGCAAAGCACCUGGAUUUGCAGACGAAAACCAACAAAAACACUGUGUUCACACGUGGCACUAUCCCUUUGAAUAACCUUUCUUAGCUGGGGGUCCAUUUUGUGAUACUUUUUUCGUACACUGAGGCCAACUGAGACAAAUAAUAAUAAUAAUAAUAAUCCUAAUUUUGUAAAUGAAAUCCAAACAUGCCCCACAUGAUUUGAGUUGACUAUAUUAAAAGAGGGCUCGAGCACGAGUUUCCCAACUUAGCAUCUCAUUAUCACGAUGAAACGGCUUUCCACACGUGCCGUUUCACGCCAAUUUAAAAUGAAGCUCGGCAGCACACGCUAAGUGUGUCACACGGCGGCGUGUUAAAAGAACCAAAUUUAAAUGUGUUGGUGUUGUGAUGAUACGAAUGGAUUUGCUAUGCUGAGCGCACGACACACCAUGUUUAUGUAUUUCUUUUUUAAAGGAUGCUCCUCCUCCUCCUCCUGCACUGUGAAUCAAAAGCUUGUUGUGGAGUCGACACGCUUUGUGUCCUUUGCCUGUGUGCACUGCUACCUUUGGAUUGUUUCUGUCAAGUCACUGGCCAUUGUCCCUGUGCGUUUGUUUGUGUGUGUGCACAGGGGAUGCUGAUGUGUUUGCAGACUGUUAAGACCUGUGUGUGUUUGUGUGGCACCGUAGCGGCAUUCUGGCCACCGUGUUCUGACUGUUAGCUUCCACCGGUGAUGCAUGCAAGCAGUGUUCGUUUGGUCUGGUACCUGUGGAUGCACUGGGCCGGGCCGGACCAGUCUGUGUGUGUGCACUGUGGCGUCUCCUGCUCUGGCUCAUCACGCUUCGUCCAUCUCCGUUUGAACAUUCCAGCCUGUCACCUUCAGUCAUCCCUCCACCGUCCUCAUCCGGGCAACAUUUCAUGUACGUUCUCCCAUUUUGUGCGUCACCAAGGCAACCUGCUCUCCUAUGGCUGCAAAGUAAGGAUGGGUACAUUCAAAUUUAAAAAGUGGUUUAACCAAAGCAAAAAAAAAAAAAACAGGUUGAAGUGGUUGUGGAACCUGCAGCUCAGAGAUAACCCUCUUCAUAUUCAAAUGCCAAAUAUAACAAAAUAACAACAUAAAUAUAUCAUCAGUACAGAAUGUGAACAUAAAGUGCCACAUGAAAUACAUUUAGAUGCAUUUUGCCAGACUGGGGGACCUCACUCUGUGUUGUAUCUCAUGCUUACAGCUUCAAUAGCGCUUACAGCUCAAAAUUUGGAAGUUGAAGCACUAUUCUGUUUUUAACUUUCCAAUUACAUUUCAUUGGUAGUGUCAUGAGGCAGCACUCGAGUUGGGCCUGAAUACAUUUGCACUCUCUGUUGGUUGUUGCCAAGUAUUAAAGCCCACUAUGCCUCUACCGUGGAACUUCUGCAGUUGGACCGCCAGACAACCAAAAUUGUGUCUUUUGCAAUUUUCCUUGGCUCAUGGCAGGUUACGACAGGAGUGUAUGAGUGAUGACAGAGAGGAAAAAUACAAUGACUGCAGAAAUUAAUUAGAUUUUUAUUAGUGAUGCUCGAUAUUGGCUUUUUACCGAUAUCCAAUAUAUCAAUAAAGUCCAACACUUCAUUAACAAUAUCAACCGAUACAGAUAUAGGCAGCUCUUUCCUCAAACUAAUGUCACAUCACAUCUUGUGUAAUGAAUGAACACAUUAUGCUUCUUUGACUGUGAUGCCGCUGGAUGCAUUUCACAAAUAAACAGUUUGUGCAAACUAAGACAAAUACAAUGUGCCGUGCAAGCCAUGUUUAUUUUAAACAUUUUGUCUCAACAAAAUAGUGAAAAACUCAUGAUAGCAAACUAAAAUAACAUGUUUUCUAACUAUCCAUCUACCCACCUUCUAUGCUACUUAUCCUCCCUUGGGUCGUGGGGGUAUGCUGGAGCCUAUCCCAGGUAACUUUAGGUGAGAGGCGGGGUACACCCUGCCUGGGCUGGUCGCCAGUCCGUUCUCUUACUAUUGACAAGUAAAACAGGCUAGUCUUAAUACAUUUGAUAUCUAACUACUGUUAAUAAUUGUGGCAACGACACAAUUUGGAAAGCUUUAAGGACAAAGUACAGAGAAACUCUGGACUAAUACAAUCAGUGAAAUUAGAAACUGAGCUCAUUCAGCACAUCUACCAUCGCUUAUUAUUUUGCUGCAGGUAUAUCUGGCUGCGUGUGAGUUAGAGUGAUUCUUCCUGAAGUGUGAUAUUAGAUUGAUCAAUAUCAGCCCCUAAUAUAGGUCGGCCUAUAUUCUCGGACAUCCGGAACUUUUAUCAUUUGUAUUAAUAAUUACAUUUUCUUCUAAACAAACAAACCAGAGGUAGACCAGCAACCUUGGAUGUUUCACUAGAUUUGAUUUCUACAGUAGGCUGUCUAGACUUCACACUAGUUGGGCCUGAUUUAAUUCCAUUACAGUGUUCCCUUGUUUAUCGCGGUUAAAUCCACAAAGUAGCCAACUUUGUUUACAGUUAUUAUAUGUGUUCUAUAUACGUACUCCUACAAUAUACUUUAUACACUUUUCUCACAUUUCUCUCUUGUUUAAACACACCCAAAGUUGAAAUUUCGUUUGAAUUUUAAUGAUCAAUCAACUAGGUUGGACACAAGAAAUUAUUAAGUGACACACGCAUAUUCACUCUGACCGUGCCUUGUCCUGGCGCCGUUCUGCUGUCGCGUUUUUGUAUCCUUGUUAAAACAUAUUCCUACUGCCGUCGACCUCCUCCUCGUCCUACUGCUUGAACUGAAGCUUAAUUUAGCCGGUUUGCGUCGUCUUCUUCUCGUUUAUUGGCGGUUUGCAAGCAGCUCACACAGUUAGCGAGUUUGCUAGCGACUAUUGACCACAACAGGAAAUGGCAUGAAGGGAGAUUGAUUGACAAUGGUCUACAGCCAAUCAGGAUGCAGAACACAAUGGGUGGGUUCUCCCUUAGCCAAUAAGGACUGUUGUCGCUCUAUAUUUAGCCCGCUAUUGUCUACUGUGGGUUCCUCAUAUGCUAGUACAGGCCACUAAACAUACACUGAGACUAGGUGCAGCUGCACAUGUCUUCAACUCUCACAUGAGUAUAUAACACCCUCUACUGGUAGCAGUAGUAAAUACAAUAACAGACACAUACAACAAAGCACCGACAGACCACUCCAAUACACCACAAGGAAGCAGAACACAAGGCGUGUUCAUAUGCUGUUAAAAACAAACGCAAAAAAAAAAAAAAAAAUCCGCAAAACAGCAAUACUGUACUGUAAAGCAUCAUUGCAAUGUUGACAAGAAACUUUGUUUGCACACACAAAAGUUGCUCUCUGUUUACUUUCGGAUUAGUCCGUUUAUACUGUACAGCAAAUUAGUAGGGACUGACUGACCUAAUAACACCCCCUACUGGUAGCUGUGAACUAGUACAAUCCCUGAUGUUAUUACUUCAUGAUGUGGGAUACCUACGACGCAACAUAUUUACGCAUGAUCGACAAACUGGAUAAAUAGUGUCCAUCCCUACUGCACUGUGUUUUAAAAAGCAGCAGCUAUAAGAAGCAGGUUGUGACAGGGUGACAUGGUGCAUGUCUUUGUUCUCUUAACAUUAGUAUUCUUCCUUGUGUAGCUCGUCCCAGCGUUCAAGUUCCCGGACACCAAGCUGUGAGUUGGCAGCCAGCGAGCGGCCCAUGUGUGAGUUAGUGGGAGGAGGUAGAGGGAGGAAAUCAACUCUUUGACAUUUAGCUCUCGCCCUGUACACUUACACCCCCACCAUCAAACCUCCCCCUGAUCACACAGACGAAAGGUAACCUGUCCAAUAUCGCCUGCUAAACAGGACCCAAGUAUCAUUACCUUCUCGACAAAGGUCAGCUAGAAAGGUCAAGUCUACUUCCUGGCCUCGGUCUUCGUUAUGUCGGUACUGCAACGGGUAUGAGCGUUGUAGACGAGCAUGUCAAUCGAUCCAGGUCUACGGGAGACAAUAGCUGUUUGAUAUGGACAAAAAAGAAAAAAAAAACUGUACCAGCAUCCAAAGCUUUGCCCAUGUUUGUGGCCAAAGUUUCAUUUGUCAAAGAAAAUGUGAUACUGGUUCAAAAUUUCAAAAAGCAAUAUUAUAUUCAUGAUAUUAAAUGAUACAAUAAGAAAAGCAUCCCCGAAAGUCAGCAUUGUUUGUGUGUUUUCUUGCUGUCCUUUCCUAAUGCAUUUAAUUAUACCUUCUCAAGGGACAAAACUAAGUAAACUUGCAUAAGCUUCGAGUAGUCUGUGUACAGCUUGGUAAAUACACGCUCCUCUAGACCCAAGGUAGAGGAUCAUGCUGCUUCAUAAUGUCACAGAACAUGUUGAAAUGCACCUUUCCAUCAAUGAACCGCAGUUCCCCAGUGCACUGCACUCGUGCACUGUUCUUCACUUGUGUAGCCGGCUGUUUAGACAAUAAUGGCUGUGGGUUGACUCAUUUUCAUUGGAUAGCAAAUCUACACUGCUGUACAAUUGUACACUACUCUAAAAUACUGUAUGUCCAAGUUGACAUUCUAUAGUAUUGUCUUUUAUUUCUCACUGCUAAUCCCUACUUCUAGUUGGAAGUAAGUUUAUUUGGACUCGCUUAAGUAAGAAGCAGAAAACUUGCAUGACUGGGAGUGGGCAUCUACUCCUAAAAUGCCUCCAGCAUGGCCCCAAGGAAACUCUCUUCAUGGUUUUGGAUGAAGCUGAAAUUAUAAUCAGCUCUGCACGCACUCAGAGCACAAUUACAUGCAAACUUAAAUUGUCAUUAAAAGUUGUGCUGUCAAGUCCGCAGUUGUAUAACAAGUCACUGUUCCAUCUAAAAAUGAACAGAAAGCGAUUGUAAACAGAUAUGGUAAAUAGUGUAUAGCAGUUGUGCUAUAAUUUGGCAUAUUUACAGCUGUAUUUGUAGCAGAUGUUCAUUAAUAUGCACUGUCCCUGAUAAGAUAAAUGGUGAUACCUUUAACUUGCCGUGCACCUCAGGUAAUCACGUCUACCAGCCAACCAACAGCGCCCCUCUCCUCCUGUAGGAGGUCCUGCAGCAGCACACAAUCAAGCAACAGGCCUCUUCCUGCAAGGAUGUCAGUCAUGUACUGUACAUUUGCAACAGCUCCUACUUUUGCACACAAAAAAGGCAUAACAACGUGAGAACAUCACAAGCCAUCACCUGCUAAGAAAAAAGAAGCUGACAGCUCUUACCGGAGUGACCGCUCGAGUGGUAAUCGAGGGGAUCUGUGAAUCUGUAAAAAUGGCACAAGACAGGACACAAAAGGCCAAAAAUGAUGUUCAAAUCAUUUAUAGCUGCAAAAAAGCUGUGUACCAAACUGUGCUGAUAAAUACAAGCAUUUGACAAAGCACACUUACACUUAUAUUUAUUACCUAUAAAAGUCCUCCAUUGCCACUAAACACACACACACACAGAUGUCAUAUCUUUCCAAAAACAAAUAGAAAAAACUCCAGAUCAAUGUAUUUUUUUAUACAUUUGCAUAUUUCAAAAUAUUAAACAUCCUUUUUGUAUUAAAAUAACAAGGAUAAGUUAAGCGCACAGUUUCAGUCUUGCUGCUAUUUACACAUCUGGCAACUCCACAUUUCUCACACUUUAAAGUGGAGGCAACACUGAGACAAUAAGUGCCAUGAGCAGAACUGUUGAAACAUUUGAAUACAUACGACUAAAGAUUCUAGGCAGCCUAACUCUACAAAAGCAGAGUCCUGAUGAAUAAACAAUAAUUAAUACAAUCCUUUGCUCCCAAAACCAAAAUAUUUUUCCCUAGGCUGACAAAAGUACAAAAACCCAUCUUUAAAAAAACACUUCAUGUCAUAGCAGUGCUACUAAUCAGACUCUCAGCCCUUUAUGUUUAUACUUCAUUGUUAUUCUUCUGUAAACCACAUUUACUAGAGAAACUUUCUCUACGUUAACACUUUUAAUCUCAAGGAGUGAUCAGUUCUCCAUAUGGAAGUAAAGAAAAAAACUUCCACACUCGAGCCACACAAGAUCAGCCAUUAGAGAGCAAAAAGUCUGCAAACAUGAGAUGGUGACGUCAUAGUGCAGUCAGUGCUGCGCUGUCCUGUGCUGCUAACACACACACACACACACACACACACACACACACACACACACGCGCGCACACACAAAGCAACAGACACUCGCUCCUGCUACGAGUCCUUGAGCAUGUUGAUGCGUGCAAAGAUCUUAAGCGCAGGUCCCAGUUUAAUGUUCAUGGUGCUCAUCAGGUGGUCCUCCUUUAACAGGAGCAAAGCUUGGCCGUCAAUCUCCUGCGAGCGGAACUCAUCUGCUAUCUCCUGGCAUCCUGUGUGGACGACAACAACACGUUUGUUCAAAUAGAGACAAGACAAAAUCAUCACAGCAACACACACAGAUCCAACGCAAAUAUACACUUAAAGCGUUUAUUCUUGCAGUCAUUGUCAAUAUACUAUUACCAAAAAACCACUUACGCAAUAAAGAGUAGACAACACCACACACAGUAUUCACCUGUCAUUUCAUUAGGUAUAGUCAAAUGAGGGCCAACCAAAGUAUCAAAACAUAAUAAUGCUUAGUAAAGUUUUGAUAAGCUUUUAAUGCAACAAUGUCUUUUGUAGUUGGAGUUUGCACAACAACUGCUUCUGUUGCAAUGUAAUUAAAUUACAUAUAAAGUAGUAAU